GUAUAUCUGGGGCCGGCUCGCUCUGCCCGAGCGGCAGCGUCUUUUCCUUCAGUGCUGGGGCAGCCUCAUUCUCUCCUCCAGGAUGUCGGGCCCUCUGACCAGCGCAGUCUUUCUGCUGCUCUCCUUCACCCUCCUGCUGCCUCCCCGGCUGCUGCUGGAGGCCAAGUCUCUGUCUGGUUCUCGAUCGUCCGGCGGGAUUCACCGCCUCCGGCGCGAACUGCGCGACACCCUGCCCUACGAGGCCCAGAUGAUGUCAUACCCCCCCGCGGGCGGCGCGGAGGGGCGGGGCAACGAGCUGUACUACCCCCCCGAGGGGUGGAGGGGGCAGGCCAUGGGACAGGCCCUGCAGCGAUUGGCCGAGGACGACCGGAGGCGGGACCAGGAGGCGGCCUACCUGAGCGGCCUGCUCCGCCUCCUCGGCGACGGCGACGCCAACGGCCCGAGGGCGGGCGAGGAAGAGGAGGAGGAGGAAGACGAGGCGGAGCAGGAAGGCCCCGGGGACUUCCAGGGGCCGUACCCGCCCGACUACGACGAGACGGACCAGGGCCUGAACAUGGCCAAGCCCCAGGCCGCAUGGCAGGGCCUCCUGGACCCGCAGCUCACCCAGGCCCUGCUCAACCGCUACCGCCAGGAGAGGCUCCUCCGGGCGGGGCUGCGGGACAACCGGCUGCAGGAGGCGCGCGGAGAACCCGGGACGGACGCGAAGGAGGAGGAGGUGCUGAGGUACCUUGUUGGUCGCGUGCUGUCCAGCCUGGCGUCCGACGCUACCCAGAAUGCCCCGGCCCGCCUUUCAAGGCGGGACCUGGGGGCGGUGGGCGGGGACGGCGCCGGGGGGAGGGUGCUGAAGCGGUCCCGUCGCUCGGCGGACCCCGCCCCGCUGCCCCCCUCCAAGAGCGAGGCCUCGCUGCUGAGGGUGAAGAGACUGGGGGACGAUGAAGACAAGAUGGCCGCCGGAGCGGCGGCGGCGGCGGCGAUGGCGGGGGCGCGCGGUGGCGGCGGCGGGGGCGGGCUGCAGCGGAUCAAGCGCAUCGACGCCGACCUGCAGCAGGGGGGGAGACACGUCCGAAGGAGGCGGGCCCUGACCUAUGACCCCAACCUGCUGGCUCAACGCAUCCUGCAGUACCUUCCGCAGUAGAGCCAGACGGGGGCGGGGGGGGGAAAAGACAAGGCCGCCACAUUAACUGCACCUGCCUACACGCUGCACAUGGACAUCCACGCUAAAAACAAAAAAACACACUUUUAAAAAAGAACUAUAUCAGCUUGUGAGGAAAUAGACAAAGCUGUCUGCACCCGAGACAAUUUGCCUCCAGAGAAAACAAUGCAAAAUAAUUUUAAAAAUCUCCAAAAAAAAUUUAAUAAAGAAAAAAAAAUUUAUCCAGUCUAGGUUAAAAAUGUACUCUGCUUUAACAUAAUAAUAAAAAAUGCAAAAUGUGCUUGGUGUAACUGACAGGAGAGCUGAGCGAUGGAUCUGAGAAGAAAAAAAAACCCUCCUCACGAUCGUGUCACGUGUCAGUCAGUCCUUCCUCCAUCAGUCAAAAAUCUUGGAAAAACAUUUCAUUCAGAAAAGGGGAAAAGCGAAACACUUAUAUUUUCCUGUUUCAACAGCCUGUAAUUAUUCUAGGGCUAAGCGGAAGCAGAAGUCAGAGUUACCCACCACUGAAAUGGCUAAAAUCACGUAAAAUGAAUCUCUCCACCACACACAUACUUAAACGAGCAUUUAUUUUUUUGCCAUUUAUCACUCCAAUCCUUUUAAAGUGAAAUCGUAUGGAGGUAAACUGAUUUUCACAUGGAGGGGUGACUGAAACUGCUGUCAGUUAACUGUCAGUCUUAACCGUUCCCAGGUGCUAAAGUUGAACUACCUGUGUAUUGAGGUGUUUUGUGUGAAAGUGUCAUUGGAUUUGGGCCCAGUUAUUUUUUUAUAUAUUCAAAUUUAUGAACACCUAGUCUAGGCUAGAUGGGAGCGUUUACGAGCUACAGCCAGUGGGGGAAGGAAAACACAUCUAUGGAACUUCCUUGUCAAACAAUUAGCAUUUCGGCAGUUUGCGGUUUCAAUGCCGCUGAAUGGUAUUCUUUUUAGCUGUAUUCAAUAAACAAACGAAUGUUAACCUUCAAAAUGAUGACCUUACACACCAGUGAUAUUGCAGCACUUUUCAUAAGGGACCAACAUUUCCGCCAACAGAUGUAAUGAUAUUUUUGUGACGAAAAAUAUUUAGGUAUUUAUUUUUUACCUACACCAAACCCCAUUGCAAGUCAACACAGAGGCUGUUUAGUCUCAUGACAUGUCCACCACUAUGAAGGCGCAAGCAGAGGGAAAUAUGUGGUUCAUGACGGAACGCCAAAUAUCUACAAAUGUACGAUCAAUAUCAAGAUACCGUAUACUGUAAGUAUCAUUUUCAAACCCAUAAAAGAUGUCCAUUAACCGUCAAUCAGAAUGGCACAUUCAUUCUUAGAGGAAGUAUAACAGCCGCAGCGCGAGCCCGUUGUAGAGAGCAUUUGAUGCCCUUAGCCGACGAUAGCUUCUGAGCAGCCCUCGGCGUUAUGGACAAUAAAAUAAUGACAAUUAAUCCAUAUAUCUAUACACACAGCUUGGGAAACAGGAAAGAGAGCGCAUCCCUCAGUGUUCAGGUGGUGACUGUCGACUCGAGGCCAGAAAUCGCUCCGUUAUACAGAGAGAGUUAAUUCCGUUUUCCCGGGCUAGCAGCUGCCGUUAGCACAGCCCAAAAACAGGCCCGUGGAUAUCACAACUGCAAACCCGAGCUCGCUUUAUCGUUUUCAGCAAUAGUGCGACUAACUCCCUUCUGCUUCGCUUGCGCGAGCGACAACGUGGAAUAUCCUACCCUGGAUCAUAAGGCUUUCCCUUGUCCUACUUCAAUAUCUCAAUAUUUUUGUUGGUCACGUUUUAUUCUGUAACUGUAGAAGAAAAAAAGCAGUGGUUCCGAUUAUUGUAGCUUUAUCGAUAUUUGUGCAGUCUGAGAUCUUGUACAAAAACACGGUUGCUUAACUGAAUUUUUUGCAGACUGGAUAACCGUAUACGAUAAUAAAUUUCUAUGUGGAAAAUGUGCUGUUUGUUUCCUGUUGCAAUUUAAGGCCCAGCUUGCUUUACAUAUUGCUGACAAAAUAUUUGUGUUUUGACUUAUUGCUGUUAUUAAUUGAUGUGAAAUAAAUUCCCUCAAACUGCAA